GAGCCAUUUCUGAUGCCCAGCUGUGACACACUCGUCUCUUGUGUGUGUAAAUAGCUGCAGGUGAUCUUUGGCCUCGGCUUCGUCUCUUUCAGCCACUUUAUUUUUCUCUCUCUUCAAAUACGGCGCUUUCCCUUUUACUGGCAUUAAGUGCAGAUCUGACACUGACUCUGUGUGUCAUCCCAGUACAUACCCCCCCCCCCCAACCCUGUGUCUGAAGAGAAGUUUCCCAACCCCACCUUCUCUCUUUUACUCCAUCUAACUCUCUCUAUCUCUCAGUCCAACAACAAAUGGAGCAAAGGGUCCAAGAGGCAUGAGGGAACAACGAUAGAGAGACAGAAGGACGAGUGGAUUUCUCUCGUCCAGCAGGUUGGAUGGUGGUUUUUGAAAGAUGGAGAUAAAGAUGAUGAUGGUGUUGAGAGAGAUGUUGGAGAUGGUGAUGGUUACAGAAUAACUUUUUCACUGAUCAACAGGAUAAAAACAGAUGAAUGAGAGGUGAGACAGGAGGAGGUGAGACAGGAGGAGGUGAGACAGGAGGAAGUGUAUGAAGUGUCGUCUACGAAGAACGCAGCAUCAUGCUGAAUCUCCAACACACCUGGACGAGUCCCGAUACCUGGUACCAUGAGAACAACAGCAUCACGCAGCAUGGCACAGAUGGCUGUGUGAAGGACGUGAACUGGGGGACGGCGGGACGAGGAGAACGAGGAGGAGACAGGAGGAAGCAGAAGGACAGGGACGAAAGGGACGAGGCUCAGCUUCAGCUCCAGCUGAAGAGAAAACUGCAGAGGAACCGUACAAGCUUCAGCCAGGAGCAAAUCGACGCUCUGGAGAAAGAGUUCGAGAGGACUCAUUAUCCCGAUGUCUUCACCAGAGAAAGACUGGCCUCCAAAAUUGACCUUCCUGAAGCACGUAUCCAGGUGUGGUUCUCCAAUCGGAGAGCUAAGUGGAGGAGGGAGGAGAAGCUGCGCAACCAGAAGAAGCUGGGGGGCGGGACUUCAUGUUCUCUAACUCACACACCGCUCAGCACAUCCUUCAACCCGCCUGUUUAUCAUCCUCACCAUGGCAACGCCUCCGGCUCUACACACUGUCACACGGACUCGUCUCUGUGUGUGUUCAGUUCGCUGUCUGUCUUCUCUCCUCUACAGUCAACCUCCUCUUACUCCACCAUGUUGUCUCCGCCCCCAUCUGCUUCUACUCUACUACCUCAUAAAUUUGAUCCCGCCUCUUACUCCGCCCCCCACCUGCCUCCUCCUACAGCUGGCACGAACACAGGAUUUCUUGCCAGCGUGUCGCUCUCAGGGGUUCAGGCUGGAGAUCAGGACCUGAGUUUGGGUCAGUACUGGACCAGACUGCAGUGAGAUGCAGAACCAGAGCCUCAAAGACAUCAUCAGUGACCUCUGAAGUUAUGAUCCACAAGCCACUCCAUAUUUUACUCCUUCAGCCCUGCAGGUUUUACAACAGCUUUCAUGACGGCAGAAAGAAGACUGACUUCCACCUUGGAAUAAAUCAGUUUGAGAACUCAGAGCGUUCUGCAAUGAAGAAAACCUUUAUAUGACAUUAAAAUGUUCAGCUGCACAGAUGGUCCACUGUGUGUUAAACAUCUGAUCUGCUCUGUGUGACAAGUAGAAACCCUGUUAAAUAAUAACAGCAAUAAUCUGUAAUUAGAGUGAAAGUAGACGGAGCCCAUGAGGAGUAGAGUGAAAUUAGAUUAGAGUUUACUGAUUAAUUACUGAAAUGAUUCAGAAAUAUCUUUAACAUGCUAUUUAUUUGUUUGUUUCUUUGAAAUCAUUUGUUUCUUUCUAUAUAUUUACACAUCUGUGUGUGUGUGUGUGUGUGUGUGUGUGUGUGUGUGUGUGUGUGUGUGUGUGUGUGAGCAGAAUAAGAUUAUUUGUAGUACUAAAAGUGUGCUUCAGUGGAGUGUGUGAAGGUUUUGUCACUAGAGCAAUGU